UCGGCAGGAGACUCGCCUGGCCUUCCCACGAACGAGUUCCUUCCAGGAGAGGGCAGCCGCGCCGCCGCGUAAAUAAAACUCCGGAGCCAAUUCAGACGAGCAAGUCAGAAGCAGGAAGCGCCCGCUCGAAAGCGGCAGCGACGAGAAAGCGCUUCGGCUCCCGAGUUCUCCGGCCACAGGCUUGGCUAUGGCAAUGCAGGAUCAAUUCAUACCAUCAAAUGAGGAGGAGGAUAUUUUCAAAGACUAUGAUGUCAUCACCAAUGAAGAUAUUGAACAGAUUAAGGAUGCUCUUGAAGAAGGGAGAAUGGACAAAGCCAUUUCCAAGAUUAUGGAAAACCUUCAAGCCCUGGAGGACAUCUGUUUGAACAUAGCAGUAACGGGAGAAUCCGGCUCAGGGAAGUCCUCCUUCGUCAAUGCCAUCCGAGGGCUAGGAGAUGAGGAAACUGGUUCUGCUCCCACUGGAGUAGUGGAGACCACAGAGAAGCCCACACCUUACCCACAUCCCAAGCACCCCAAUGUCACCCUGUGGGAUCUACCUGGAAUUGGUACACCAACAUUCCGCGCCAGCACUUACUUGAAGCAGGUUCAAUUCUCCCGCUAUGACUUCUUCAUCCUCAUUGCCUCAGAACGCUUCAAGGCCAGCCACGUCCAGCUGGCACAGGAAAUCUGUCACCUGGGGAAACAAUUCUAUUUUGUGCGCUCCAAAGUGGAUUUAGAGCUGGAGGCCAGCAGAAAACGACGACCACAAACUUACAAUGAGGAGGCGAUACUGGGACAGAUGCGAGAAAACUGCCAGAAGUGCUUAAGGGCUGAGAAUAUGCACAAUUCCAGAGUGUUCCUUCUCUCCAACUGGGAGAUAAAGAAAUAUGACUUCGAGAUGCUGGAGGAAACCUUGGAGAAGGAAUUGCCAAGCCAUAAGAGACAUGCUUUUCUCCUGGCCCUGCCAAACAUCUCUCUAGCCAUCCUGCAGAAAAAGAAGUUGGCUUUACAGAGAGAGAUCUGGAAGCUGUCUAUUGUCUCCGCUGGAGCGGCUGCUAUCCCUAUUCCAGGCGUUGGGGUAAUCUGUGAUGUAACCAUCCUGAUCAAAUACCUCACAAAAUACCGCAACAGUUUUGGUCUGGAUGAGGAAUCUCUUGCCAGGUUGGCUAAGAAGGCCAACAAACCCGUGGAGGAGAUCAAAGAGGUAAUAAAGUCACCGCUAGCUAAAGAGAUCUCCAGAGAUUUAGUUCUGAAGCUGCUCACCAAAGCUGGUGGUGGGGCACUCAUGUUUAUGGAGUACUUCGUCAGCACAAUACCCAUCUUUGGUUCCGUGGCAGCUGGAGGGAUCUCAUUUGGCACCACCUACUACAUGCUCAAGAGCUGCCUGGAUGAGGUGUCCCACGAUGCCCAAAGUGUUUUCAUCAAGGCUUAUGAAUCUGAGGUCUGAAGGAAUUUAGAUUGGGAAUGAUUGGGAGUGAUUAGGA